AUGCCUCUCACUCGCUCUGGUGAGCACGAACGCCGUGUCGGUGAGGAGGAGGACCACGCCGUCGCCGGCGAUUGGCGACAUACUGCAACCUCACCACCACCAGCUGAUAUCGUGUCUCUCAUGAAAUGGAUGGAGGAGACUAGGCUCAGAGAUGAGGAACGACGAAGAGAAGCAGAGGAAAGCAGAAGGCAAGAGGAUAAUGCCAGGUUUGAGGCUCUGAUCAGCAUGCUUGCUGCUCAACGGCAAACCCCUCAAGUUCCCCCUGAGGACGACGGCGAGGACCCCGAGAACCCCACCCGCCGCCAGCCCCAACAGCCACGGAUUCCUUCCACUCAGAAGCCUGCAGCUCAGAUUCCACCGCCGCUGAAGCCCGACGCUACCUACCAACUGUUUCGUGAAUGGAAGCGACGCUGGCAGGACUAUGCAACAAUGGUGGACCUGUCCAGCUUAACACAGGAGAAGCAGCUCAUCCAGCUGCGUAUGUGUCUCACCCUUGAGACUCAACGUGUCUUAGAGCACACCUUACAAAUUCCUCCCACCACAGAUAAGACUGUCGGUGAGGUGGUGGACGCUCUGGAGCUACACAUCAAGGGUUUGCGGAACGAGGCAUUACGCAGAAGAGAGCUCUUCAGCUGCAGACAGAUGGAAGGUGAAACAUUCGCCGACUUUUACGUAAGGUUGCGACGCCGCGCCGAGGAGAUCGACAUCUGUCCUGGUAAGUCAUCGGUAUGCGAGGAGACUCAGCUUAAAUCGGUGAUUCUUAUGGGUGUCCGGGAUGAUGAGUUAAUCCAGCGACUCAUAUCCUUGGACGACAAGUGCUCCCUACAGGAGAUGGUCACGGCCUGCCGCUCCUACGAGGCAGCCAGAUGCGCCACGUCUGACAUCCGUGCCCAGCCUACACAGGUGAGAGCCUUAACCCAGCACCAGAAGAGUAAGAAACAGAAGAAUCUCGAUAAGCAACCUCCGCAACAGUCGACAGCGAAGACAGCAGAACUGUGCCAGUGCUGUGCAAGGUACCAUGAGACAGGGGCCUGCCCUGCAGCCCAGGUCACCUGUCGUAACUGUGGUCGCCAAGGCCACUUCGCAUCCACUGUCAAGUGCCCCGCCAGCAAAGCUCAGUGCCGUCUCUGCUCCCGUAUCGGCCACUUUGAUAGUUGUUGCAAGAAGGUAUCCCGUCAGAACCACAAGCGGGGUAGUACUGAUGGUGCUCCCACCCCUUCGCAACAAAAAUCCAAGCAGCUCUCCUGCCGUCGCGUGAUAUCUCCCAGCCCGGCAGUACCUCAACACGUCAGUGUUCUCGUCACCCAUGGUGGUAAGUCGUCGCACUUGCGGAUGAUGCCUGACACCGGCGCUGAUAUCACUAUGAUCGGCCCACAACACCUGAGGAGUCUUCAGAUUCCUUCGAGCCAGCUACAGACCCCCCCAGACACCACUACACUCACAGCUGACGGUUCUGAAAUGGCUCCCGCCCUCGGAAUGCUCACGGCCACUCUAACUCUAGGCGAGAAGUCGUGUUUAGCUGAAAUCCGGGUACAUAAGGAUAUCCAGACUCCACUUCUCUCCCGCGGCCACUGUCAAGCGUUGGCCAUCAUCUCCAAGGACUUCCCCAAGCCAAUCUUGGAAGUAAAGCAUGCCAAGAAGUGCGUGGAGCUCCCGGUCUCUAGCAACACACCACCUUCAGAAGCUAAGGCGUACUUUUUGAAGGAGUUCCAGGACGUUCUUGUGGACAAGGCAGCCUUAGAGUCCACACCACUCAAACCUAUGGUGGGUUCACCUAUGAGAAUCCAUCUCAAGGAUGGUGCAGUGCCUUUUGCCAUCCAUACUGCCCGGCAGAUCCCCCUGGCUUUCAGAGGUCAAGUUCAAGAAGAGCUCGAAUCCAUGGUAUCUCAAGGGAUCAUUCGACCUGCAGGUGAUGAACCCUCCGAGUGGUGUCACCCACUGGUCGCCGUGGCUAAACCUAAGGGAGGUGUAAGGAUCACGACAGAUCUGUCCAAACUCAACUCACAAAUCGCCCGACCAGCUCAUCCAUCGCCUACACCCUUUGCCGCUGUUCGUAGCGUGGAUGCCACAGCCCGUUACUUCUCGACGAUGGAUGCUCUCUGCGGUUACUGGCAGAUCGAGCUUGCUGAGGAAGACAGACACCUUACCACCUUCAUAACACCACAUGGUAGGUUCCAGUACUGCAGGGGACCGAUGGGAUUCGCAGCGACAGGUGAUGCCUAUUGCUUGCGAGAUGAUGCAGCUCUACAAGGCAUCAAGAAUUGUGUGAAAGUGGUUAACGACAUCUUACUGUAUGACGCCGACUACACCACUCACCUGAGCCGCAUCCACCAAGUUCUCACUAGAUGUCGCGAAUUUGGCAUCACCCCUCAACAGGGAAAAAUUUGUAGUCGCAGCACCCCGGGUAGAUUUCUGCGGAUUCACACUAUCAAUGGCUGGCAUUGCCGCUGA